AUGUCAACUUCAACGCCAGGAUCACCUUACACCCACGACUCCGAUCCAAUGGACACCGAGUCAGUCGGCUCCCCUGGCCUUUCUCCGGCACCCAGCGUGUACAGUCUGACAGAGAGUCUUCGGGAAGCAAGCUUCAAACAUGUACACGGGCGGGCAAUCAAUGCACAUAGCGACGUUUACAUGCUACCAGCUGACGACGAGGAGAUAAACCGACUGGAAACCCAGCAUAAUAUCUUCCGUAUCUUAAACGAUGGGAACUACCUCGGCCCUGUGCGAGAAGUUUUGGAGGGACCGGGAAAGGCCGUGUUGGAUCUCGGUACAGGUACUGGUGUUUGGGCAGUGGAGGUAGCAAGCGAGUUUCCGGCAGCGCAGGUUGUGGGAGUGGAUCUCUCUCCCAUACAAUACCUAAGACCUCUGCCGGAGAAUUGUAGGUUUGAAGUGGACGAUGUGAAUUUAGGGAUGGCCCAUUUUCACAACCAAUUUGAUGUCGUUCACGCUCGGCAUAUCUGUUCUGGGAUCAGGGACUAUGCACGGUUUGCCUAUGACAUCGCGAACGUAUUGCGCCCUGGCGGCUUAGCUUUGUUUUUUGAAGCGGAGUACUAUGUGUUUGAUUCAAACAAAAAGCCGAUGGGCAUUCGACACCCUGAUCCGACCGGCAGGCAAACAGAGCACAAGGAUCCCCCGGGUCUCGCAAGAUUUGCAGCAGCGUUCGUCGGAGCAGUUUCAAGAAGGGGAGGGAAUAUCAAUGUUGGUGCCCGAAUGCCGGAUUACUGCAAACAGUCUGGCGGGUUCAGCGAGAUCGUUUACCAGGACGUGUGGAUCCCUGCCACACCCUGGAUGCAUGCCCGACGUUUGCGAAUGGUCGGUCAUCUCAUCAGGGAAGAUCUACGAUCAUUCCUGCAUGCUGGGCGGCCUAUUCUCCUAGCGGACGGCCUCUCAGAGGUUGCUGUGGGCGACCUCAUCAAUCAGUCAAUGACAGACCUGGAUGCAGCUGAAGCACCGAUGUGGUUAAGAGGUUGUUAUACAUGGGCAUGGAGAGCAACUGUAUGA